AUAUACGAAAAGCAGAUUUGAAAUCAAAAUUAGCUGUUUACCAAAGUUUAAUCGCGUAUGUCUUCCUAAUCGACGAGGUGGAGGAGAUAUUGGACAGAUUAUCAUGCAUAAUCCUAAUACAACAACGUGCUCGCUGCCUAAAACCUCGUUCAAUGCCAAAAAUUAUCCGAAUAAAUCCCCAAAGCACAUGGAAAACACCAAAAAAGUAAGUUAUCGCAAAACACUCGUCAAAGUCACAGCUGAAGUCGAUGUCCCAGAGAAUCUGUACGAAGAACCGUCAGAAAUGAAUCAUCACCAGCAUUCACCAGCAACGCUUAGUGUUAAACUUCGGAAUAGCAGUUUUCCUAGCGACUUGAGAACUAAAACUUCUUCACCUCAGCUUACACCUAACAAGAUGGCAACACCGGGAGAUUCGAUAGUUUCAGCAACAAGUUUGAUUAUGACCGCAUCACCCUAUUUGGAAUCGAAGUUCCUUGAGGGGAACAGAACAUUAGAAGACCUAUACAUCAGCAACCAUGAAUAUCCAUUUGAGAAUUUAGUUUUUGAAGGAGGGGGAAGUAAAGGCAUGGCCUACGUUGGUGCAUUACAGGUCCUGGAAGAUGCUGGUAUUUUAAAAAACAUCAAGCGUUUCGCGGGAGCUAGCGUUGGCGCAAUGGUUGCGUCUUUGGCAGCAAUUGGUAUAUCCUCAGCGGAAUUACAAGAAUUUCUCGAUCAGGAUGUGCGCAAAAUAAUGUCUGAUCAUUCAUGCGGCUACUGCAGUUUGCUUCCAAAUUUAAAGAAGGGUUUCGGUUGGAAUCCUGGGAAGAAAAUGAAUCACUGGUUUGGUGAACAAAUGAGAGAACGUACUGGUGAUUACGAUAUCACUUUUAAAGAUGUUUUACGUCUUUUUGGUACAGAAAUAUGCAUUGUCGUAACUAAUUUGAGUCACAUGUCGGUAGAAUAUUUUCAUCCAAAAACAACGCCCAAUAUUCCAGUGAGAAAAGCAGUCAAAAUGUCAAUGGCGUUACCUGGAGUAUUUCAGGUAGUUCGUGAAACUUUUAAUGGUGAAGAAGAUGUGUAUGUCGAUGGAGGUUUAAUUUGCAAUUACCCAAUACAUGUCUUUGAUGGUUGGUGGCUAUCUACGGAGCCAGAAGACACAUUCUUCAAACGUCUACAGCCGCUGGAAGAUUUUGCUAGGCUCUAUGAAAAGUCAGAAAGGUUUGGAACUUGGAAUCCAAAAACGCUGGGAAUGAUUCUGUAUUCAAAUACAGAAACAGAACUGAUGAAAACAACGCUUUCACAGAGACCCGGAAGCAAACCACCUGUAGCACCAAAUACAAAAUUGGCAAAACAGAGAAAUAAAUUAAAGAGAAAACAGCAGCAAACAAGAAUUGAACAUGAACACAUGGUACAGGUCGUUGGACGAUUUAUGAAGGAACUUGAGGUGAACAAUUUAGAUGAAGACAGUAUAAUCAAUGAGCAGGAAUUUCGUGCAGUUUUCGAAAAUUCAGUCAGUCUAUUUCCCGAUGAUUUGCGCUUGCUUUUUGGAGACGAUUGCGAAGUGAUGGAGGCGUUUGAUCAAGUGGAUAGAGACCAUGACGGAGAGAUCACUUUUCAAGAGUUGAUGGCGUUUGUUGCGAAAAGGGGAGUCAACUUACAGCAACGGUUUCUAGGAUAUACAAGAAAAGAAAUCAGAAACCUUGGAGAUUUUGUACAAACUUUGCAAACUGCAUUGGCGGUUAACGUGAAACGUGUGUAUGUCGAGAAGCGAGACGUGAAUAGAACUAUUGGUAUAGACACAGAUUAUGUGGAGUCAAAUGACUUUAAUUUGGAAACUGAAGACAAAACAUUUCUUAUCGAGUCUGGCAGAAGAGCAACUCGCGCGUAUUUACAUGAAUACAUCAAGAAACAAAACACGGAGCCAGUUUCGCCAUCAGGAGUGGCGGUGUUACCGCCGCCCGAGAACCAAAGCUCGAAAUUUGAAUAUGAACGUCCAAAUCGACGAAGGCACUAUUCAUCCAGUAGCACAUUAAGUAGCUAUAAAUCCCUCUCACCCGUCAUAACACCUGUUGAUAUGGCUUGAUUUUUCCAUAUCUUGGAUGAAAACAGACAAAAUAUACAGUACAAUACUUAUGUAUCAUAACAUAUAUUGUAUCCAUAAUGUGUACAAUCCUUAAAGCUACUAACAGCUUUUCGUUUGAAAAUCAAAGAAAUUUACGUGCAAUAAUAUGUUUCUGUAUUCAUUAUGAUGAUUCCAGAAAUUAUUCAUGCAGCAACUCUGAGAAACGCAUAUAUUGAUUUGAAUAAACAAUUUUAACCUUUAUACCACCGUUCUAUAUAUUCCCGCCGAGUUACAAGAAACAGAGGAAAGCAAAUAAUUUUACUAGACCCGACAGUAAUUGUUGUAUGUACUAACAUAAUACUUGCUUACAAGCCAAGCACCAUACGUUAACACCACAUGCACCAAAACAUAUCAUGUUCACGAUGGAACAUGCUGCGUGCAGUUUAAUAAACUUUUCCUUUAUUUCUUUGUAUGUGAGAUCAUGUUCCACGAGCUUUGGAGCAAUUGGUCCCACAUCAUCCUCGAUUCCGAGAAACGUUACACGUUGAGCUUUGAUUAGCAUCAUUCGGAUUGUCUCAGGUCCGAGGUAGAAGUAAUUUACAAGUGAACACAAUAAGGAAACUGAUAAACCAAGCGCCUAUAG